GGGGCGGGGAGAGGCCCGCGUGGGUCUAGAGUGGGCGGGAGGGCUGUCCCGGACUUUGCGGAGUGAGGGGAAGUGGGCAGUGCGCACUGGGGAGCGCGAAGAAGCCGAGGCCAGCCCGGGUUAGCCCAGGUCAGCGGGGUGGGGGCGGUGGUAAGUCGAUCGGGCGGGUACCUUGACCGAGGGCAGAGGGGCAGAAGGCGGGAGACUAGGCGUCCGAGGGUGAUCAGGACAAGGCAGAGGGCGUCGGGGCUAGGGCAGGGGACAGGAGCAGCAGGUGGGGCCCAGGUCGCAGCCACCCCGGGGACUAGACGCAGUGAGGGUCGCUCAAGGAUGCACGAGGGCCAGGGGCCGCCUGCAUCUCCCCAGGCCGCUCAGGGCGGCCCCGACAGGGUGACGUCGGGGCCCACGGCCUGUCUGCCGCCCCAGCUCCUGGCCUCGGGGUCCCCGACGUCCCCGGCGUCCCCCGCCCCUCGGCGGGGCGCUGUCCGCGCCAGUUUCCCGCAGAAGCUGGCGGAGGCGCUGAGCAGCCAGUACGGGCUGAACGUGUUCGUGGCGGGGCUGCUGUUCCUGCUGGCCUGGGCCGUGCACGCCUCGGGCGUGGGCAAGAGCGACCUGCUGUGCUUCCUCAGCGCGCUCAUGCUGCUGCAGCUGCUCUGGAUGCUGUGGUACGUGGGCCGCAGCUCCGCGCACCGCCGCCUCAUCCGCCCCAAGGACACGCACGCCGGCGCGCGCUGGCUCCGCGGUAGCAUCACAUUGUUUGCAGCCAUUACCAUCAUCCUGGGAUGCCUUAAAAUUGGGUACUUCGUUGGAUUUUCUGAAUGUUUAUCAGCCACUGAAGGAGUUUUCCCUGUCACACAUGCAGUCCACACUCUGUUGCAGGUGUAUUUUCUCUGGGGGCAUGCAAAGGAUAUCAUCCAAUCUUUCAAAACACUGGAAAGGUUUGGGGUGAUCCACUCGGUGUUCACCAACCUGCUUCUGUGGGCCAACAGCGUCCUGAAUGAGUCAAAGCACCAACUCAACGAGCACAAGGAACGGCUCAUCACCCUGGGCUUCGGGAACAUAACCAUAGUCUUAGAUGACCACACGCCUCCGUGUAACUGCACGCCCCCGGCGCUCUGCUCUGCCAUCUCGCAGGGGAUCUACUACCUCUACCCUUUCAACAUAGAGUACCAGAUCCUGGCCUCCACAAUGCUCUACGUCCUGUGGAAGAACGUCGGGCGCAAAGUGGACAGUCACCAGCACCAGGAGAUGCGGUUCCGGUUUCACGGGGUCACGCCAGGCUCGGCCCUGGGCCUGACGGCGCUGGCCACCACGAUUGGGGUGGUGGUGGUGUAUCUGAUUCGGAUCGGGCGCUCCAAAACCAAGAGCGAGUCGGCCCUCAUCAUGUUCUACCUCUACGCCAUCGUCUUGCUGAUGCUCAUGGCAGCGGCAGGGCUGGUUGGGAUCUGGAUCUAUAGGGUAGAUGAGCAGUCCCUGGAUGAGUCCAAAAACCCAGCCCGCAAACUGGACGCAGACCUGCUGGUGGGCACUGCCUCCGGCUCCUGGCUCAUCUCCUGGGGCUCCAUCUUGGCCAUCCUCUGUGCCGAGUCCCGCCCCCCGUACACCUGGUACAACCUGCCCUACUCCAUCCUGGUGGUGCUCGAGAAGUACAUCCAGAACCUCUUCAUCAUCGAGUCCGUCCACCGAGAGCCCGAGAAGCUCUCCGAGGACAUCAGAACCCUGCGGGUGGUCACGGUCUGCAACGGCGAUACCACGCCCUUUGCUUCUUCCUGCCCCAAGAGCGGACCUGCGGCUGGGGCCGGGGCUCCCCAGGGCAGCAAGCUGCCACCUGUGGCCAAUGGAAAUAUGUGUCUGAGCGAGGUUGGCAGCAAAGAGGAAGAGGAGAGAAGCUGCGAAGGGGUCCCGGCCCCGGCCCUCUGUCCCCAUUUCCUGCAGGGCAACGCCCAGAGAAGAGUCUUAAGGAAUAUUGCGGCCUUUCUGUUCCUCUGCAAUAUUUCGCUCUGGAUCCCACCCGCCUUCGGCUGCCGCCCUGAGUAUGACAACGGAUUGGAGGAAAUUGUCUUUGGCUUUGAACCCUGGAUAAUUGUGGUCAACCUGGCCAUACCCUUUUCUAUUUUCUACCGGAUGCACGCAGCUGCCUCCCUCUUUGAGGUCUAUUGUAAGAUAUAAUCUGUGUCCACAUCAAAGACGGAGCAGGGAGCUCACGAGAGAAUUCAGUGGAGCCACCUGGGAACCGGGAGGUCAGGCAAAUACUGCCAUACAAAGGCGAGAAGGGCUGCCUUUUGUCUGUGACAAUUGUUUUUCCCAUGAGCUGGAGUGGCCCAUCACCCCGGGUGGAUGUAAACACUUCAGAUUAAAAUCAGUGAGGUGGCUGAAGUCUGUCCUUGGUUAGUUAGUUCUAAUCAAACCCAAAUUACUUUCUCUCCUAAGUGAGAUCUUCUCUUUUAGAAGCAUGUGAUCCUAGAUUGGGAAAAAAAAACAUAUCCAGUUUAUUUUUCAUAAACAUCAUUUUCUCGUCUCAUGUUAUGAUAUUCAACCCUUUCCUGACCAUCUGCAUUGUAUAAUCACCCUUACAUUUUAUCCU